AGUUUAAAAGGCGACGGCGUGAGGAGCAGCAGCUCUGAGAUUUGAUCCUGAUCGGAUUUUUGAGGAUUCACACAACAUGAAGAGCAGCUGGAUUUCACUGUGUGGAGUUCUGAGUGCAGUUUGUGCCGUGCAGGCGACCUACACCUUCCACUCCAUGAUGCAGUGCAACUGCAAUGGCAGAUCUCGGUACUGCCUUCGGGACGCCUGGGGUCUGCACUGUGUCGACUGCCAGGGAAACACUGAGGGCCGCCACUGCGAGCGCUGCAAGGACGGCUUCUACCUGCAGGGGGCAGGACUGAGCUGCACGCCCUGCCGCUGCGACCCCACCGGUUCUGUCAGCGGCUCGUGUGACAGCAGGGGGCGCUGCAGAUGUAAAGAAGGCGUCACAGGAGAAAAAUGCAACCUCUGCCCAGACGGGCCGAUCGGACCAAACGGCUGCUCACAAAGACGCCAGCUCAGGGAGGAUUCUGGGAGUUUGACCCUGCCGUGUUUCUGUUACGGCCACAGCAGUCGGUGCUCUGCACAGUCCGGUUACUCGGUCCACAGCAUCACCUCCACCUUCACUGAUGGUGCGGAGGGCUGGAAGACGGCGACGGCACAGGGCGUCAGCCCCAACGACGUUCACUUCCGCUGGUCACCAAAACACCAGGACCUGGAGGUGAUCUCCAAGAACAGCCUGCCGGUUUACCUGUACGCCCCAGCUCCUUACCUUGGCAAUCAGCUUCUGAGUUAUGGUCAGAACUUGUCCUUCUCACUGCGUCUGGACCGUGGCGUUCGCCACCCGUCCACCAAUGAUGUGAUCCUUGAAGGUGCUGGCCUACGAGUCGCCGCCUCGCUGGGUGACCUGCGAUCUGUCGUACCCUGUGGACAGAAAAUCAACUACAGUUUCAGACUGGACGAGCAGCCUGGCAGCAGGUGGAGGCCUCAGCUCUCCCCCUUCCAGUUCCAGACGCUCCUACAGAACCUCACCGCCAUCAAGAUCCGAGCAACAUUUGGAGAAAAUGGGCGUGGUUACCUUGACAACGUGCAGCUGGUGUCAGCUCAGCGUGGAGACGGCGUCCCCGCCCUCUGGGUUCAGACCUGCAGCUGCCCACCGGGUUAUGAGGGCCAGUUCUGUGAGCGAUGCUCUGCUGGUUUCAGACCAAAGACCCCCGAAGACGGAGCCUUCAGCCCCUGCGAGCCCUGCAGCUGCAGAGGAGGCAGCUGCGAUCCGCACACCGGAGACUGUUACUCUGCUGACGAGACCACAGGAGAGCUGAGCUGCCCCGAGGGCUUUUACCGCCACCCUGGGCAGCCUCAUACCUGUGUGAAGUGUCCCUGUCCCGAUGGAGUGUCCUGCUCGCUGACCCCUGGCUCACUGGAGUCCCGGUGUGACCGCUGUCCAACUGGCACCACAGGUCCUCGCUGUGACGUUUGUCAGGACGGUUUCUAUGGUGACCCUGCAGGGAGCGCUGGUGUCCCGCGACCCUGCAGGCCAUGUGAAUGUAACGGCCACAUUGACGUCAGCGUGGUGGGAAGUUGCGAUCGCAGCAGCGGCGAAUGUCUGAAGUGUGCGAACAACACGACGGGGCGGAGCUGCGAGGCCUGUGUGCCAGGUUUCUACCGCCGCCACGCCUCCGAUGCCUGCAAACCAUGCGACUGUGACCUUCAGGGCUCUGAGUCCACACAGUGUGAUCAUUUCGGCCGCUGUCGGUGUAGACCGGGUUUUGAGGGUCUCAGGUGUCAAAGGUCCAACUGUCCCGCCUGUUUCAGUCCCGUCAAGGCAAAGAUGGAGGCCUACGCCGCCAAACUGAAGGAGCUGGAGACUCUGUUCUCAGAUGUGGAUGGAGGUUUGAGGCCAGCCAACAGCGCUGAGAUGGAGGCUGCCUUGAGAGCCACUGAAGAGCUGGUGGACGGCCUGCAGGACGACACCGAGCUGCUCGCAGGUCUGGAGAAGAGCCUGCAGGGUCGCCUGUCGUCCAUCAGCAGGAGUCAGCUGGCCGAGGAGCAGGACGUCCAAAGCAUCGGCGAUGCAGCAGACGACAUCAGACGACAACAGCAGACGUAUCGGACGAAGGUGAAGGAGGUUCGGACUCUGAUGGAGGAGAUGAAACGCAAACUGGACAAAGCCAAGACUGACCUCGGAUCAGCUGAGUUUCCUCUCGGAGACGCUCCGCUGGGUUCAAACCCCCUCUCCUCUUUGGUUCAGACAGCUACCAGUCUGGCUGACAAACAUCAGACAAUGGCAGGCACUGUGGAACGAAGCGCCACUGAUGCUCUGAGUGACUCAGAGAAAAGUCUGGCUCUGGUCCGAACCCUCAUGAACAAAGAGAACAAAGUCAAAGAGCUGAUCGGGGAUCUGAAAACCAUGUACGAUCAAACUUCAGCCCAAGUGAAAGCUUUGGAGAACCAGGGUACCCGGCUGAGCAGUGAGGCCAGAGCCGAGAGCAAAAUGGCAGAGGGCAUGCUGAAAGACAUUGCCAGCAUGGAGCGAGACAUCCCAUCAUCCCUGAAGGAGGAGGUGGACGCCAUGUUUUCCAGGUUGGGUGGUCUGAGGGAGACUGUGGACACAGACAUCUCAGGCUUUGAGGCGCUACAAGAGGGUGUACAACGAGACGUGACCGCCACCGAGGACCUGCUGGCCAAGGGCAAGGCUGCCCAGCAGGAGUUCGACAAGCUCCUGGACAGAGUCAGUAUCGCCAAGGCCGAGACUGAAGGUGCUCUGCAGCGCAUCAACAGCAAUACCAACGAGCUAGAUGACGCCCUGAGCACCCUGAAAGGGUUUGAUCAGCAGAUCGACGGCAGCAGAGCUCGGGCUGACGCUGCCAUCAAACGUCUUCCUGGCAUCAAUGCCACGAUCCAGCAGGCCGUGAGCAACAAUGCUGAGACGCUUGAGCUCCUGGGAGAUGUAUCGAGUGAUUACAACGAUGCACUGGGGACCAUCAAUGUGCUGGAGAACCUGGUCAGCGGUCUGGAGGGAACAUUUGGAUCUUUGCCGUCCCAUGCUGGUCUUCUGAACGAAGCCACCAAACUGAAUGGGGACACAAAGGAUCUGCAGACGAACGCGGCCGCUGCAGCUGGAGACCUGAAUUUUAAACUGGAAGCCGCCAGGAGACUGGAGGCUGACGCUGAGCAGGCGUCGGCCGGAGCGACUGCAGCUUUCAACAAUGCCAGACUGACCAGAGCUGCUGUGGGAAAAACAUUGCGAGACCUCAACAACCUGCUGGCUAACAUGAACCAGUCUGGGGCUGUGGAUGAAGAGCAUCUGAAACAGCUGGAGGACUCUCUGGCCGGCGCUCAGAGAGAGGUGGAGCGUCUGAAGCCUCGGCUCAGGGACAUGGAGGAACAGGAGGCUGCCCAGCGAUGGCGGUUGACCAGCAUCAACCUGGACAUCGACACCAUCCUGAGAGACAUCGCCAACCUGGAGGACAUCCUGAAGACCAUACCCGAUGACUGCUUCAACAGCCAGCCCAUCGAGGAGGCCUGAGGACCAGCAGGAGACACGUUACAGGACCUGCUGACCCACUACAACAUAACUGCCAUUUAGUCUAAUCUGAUAAAACAACAUGAAUUUGUUUCACUGAGUACUUCAAAGAACACAGUGAGUCUUCGAGUGGCCUGUUGGUAACAUGAGUCAUAGUAAUAAUAUGCUGAUAUGAAUAACCAUUUAAAAACAUCACUUACAGCAUCUUUUUAGAACAGUGUUUUGGUGGAGAGGUGGAGAUUCUUAGUCUUUCAGUCAAAUUCCUGCAUUACCCAGAAUGCACCUGGACAGCAUCUUUGAUGAAAUCCUUUACUAUUUUAAAUAUUUUUUAAAUGCAGGACAGAUUAUGUUGACAUAUUUUCCAUGUUGGAUUCGUAAACAAUUCUGAAUCAGCUUCCCAGCUUUCAUCCUCACCACAUAAUGUGUGUGAUGUGUGUAUCCACGUGGACCUCAGGUCUGCUAACAGUUCGCUCUCAGGUGAGGCGCUGAGGUUACCUGCUCGUGUUGUUUGAUCGCCCGAUGAGUCAGUUCAGAAACUGCUCAUGCUGCGUUCGUGUCAUGUGGGAGUUUUCUGAAAGCCUGAGAAAUUUCCAAGAAGUCCAUCCUUUAAGGUUUAAUUAACCUCAUGUGGCUGCAGCGUUGCAUCGAUCCUGGUUUUUACACCAGAAUGAUUUAACUGAAACAGCUGAAACUACAGAAUGUUUGGCCUGGAAAUGUUUUGUUGUUUAUUUUGCACUGUUGCACAUAACAACUACUGAGUCUUUGUCUUCUGUAACAAACGAAGCGACCUCUGCAGGAUGUUCACAGUAAACGUAUUGAUGGACUUGUUGAUGUGUUGAACUCUGUGGUGAUGCACGUGAGCCUGUGACUGUAAAAGUAUUCUAUUUAUCACUGUACAUACAUUACAUCAGUGUUUGAGCUUUUUAAAGUUUUUAUUUGUUCUGAUGAGACUCAUUCAUGAACUGCUUUUAAAUAAAACCUGCUGCACUUUUUUUUACAACUUA